UUUUGAUUGUUUAAUCUGAAUAAAUUUAUAUAUAUUUAAGUUAAAUUUUGGUUGUCUUCGUUUGGCAAAAACUUUAUUUUUUAAAACACUUAUGUAUUCUCUUGUGCGUCGUUAUACGAUCCACACGGCCCUGAUCCCAUGCACAUGUUUUCACAUAUGUUCCUUUGCAACAGGGGUUGGGGUGGGGAUUGGCGGUAACACAUGAGAGGGGACUUCCACAAACUGGAGGAACUAAAAAGGAAAUAGGAGUAAUAUUCAUUCAUAAAGACGUUCUUGUUGCGACUGGACAAGAAUUUAAAAAGUGUUUGACUGAAUUGAAAAGAAAAUCAUUUAUAUCAUCAUCUUAAAAUAAAUAUCUAAACAAUGACUACACGUAAAAAAGAAGAAUCAAAUAAACAACGAUAUCAAGCUAACGCACGUGAAAGAGAUAGAACUCACAGAGGGAAAAUAAAUUAUUUUCUAUCACAGAGUUUACUUGGAAUAAAAUCAUUGAAAAACAUUGUCAAUAAAUACAGGUUCACGAUUCAAGAAAAGCAAUCUUCACUGUGCAGCGUGAAUACAGCUUUCAGCGCACUGAGAACAUUGAUUCCAACGGAACCAGCAGAUAGAAAAUUAUCCAAAAUUGAAACUCUCAGAUUAGCGAGUAGUUACAUCAGUCAUUUGGGUGCAGUUCUUGUUGUUGGUGCUAUGGAUCAACCUUGUUUACGACUAGAAGAAAGUAGUCGAGUAUACUCAAUGGGUGAUUGGAAUGAUAUGCAAACUAGACCACAAGUUUGCACUUUUUGCCUCGCUAUGCAUAAAAAAUAUAACACAAAUGACAAUUCGGAAAUUCUUUCUGAUUAUCCAAGUCAUAACAUGACACCAUAUAUAUUUGUUCCAGGGAAUUCUGCAAAGUGUAUUGAUUAAAAUUAUAUAGAGAGAUAUACAUAUAUUAAAGAAUAUAUUUCUUGUAAAUUUUCUGUAAAUAUAUUAUUUUAAUAAAUUUCUUAUAUACAAUAGAGUUUCUAUUACGAGGAUCCAUAAUGGACUGGUAUAUACACACCAUAUAUGAUUUAAUAGUUUAUGUUGUCAGAAGUUUUAAUAUUUCAUGCAUUUGUGUAAGGAGAAACAGAAUAAAAUUUAUAUCUAAUAAACUUAAUAUUUAUU